AGCUAGAAACAGAGAGUUUUCAAACAUGACGGUUAAACGUGGGACUACCCUACAGAUUUGCACUGGCCUCAUGUUCUUCCUGUUGAUGCUGCAAGUGGACGGACAGCCCCAGCGUCGUAGACGUGAUAUCUGGCAGCUCUCUAAAGUGCUGUCCUGCGCUACUGGCAAGAACUUCUUUCAGAUAACUUGGCGAUACCUUAACUACGGCUGCUGGUGCGGUGUCCGUGGAUCUGGGAAACCGGUAGACAGGAUUGAUUGGUGCUGCAUGAAACAUGACAAAUGUUAUGAGAGGCUGAACUCACAGUGCCGUUUCUUCCACCCAUAUCUUACAAGAUAUUCCUUUCAGUGUACUUCAAGGCAGCAAGUACAAUGUGGUAUGUUUCUUCAUUUUCUCACCCGUUUCCUCGCUCAGUGA